AUGCAGCUCCCAUCUCUAGAGGUCCUUGCCUCUUGGCCAGCACCGAACUAUGUCGACCCCGAAACGCGUGGAAAUGCCGUCCUAAUUGUCAAUGUGAUAUUAUUUCCCGUGGCUCUGUUGAUUGUACUUAUUCGGCUCUACACUCGACUUCAAAUAUCGAAGAGUUUUGGAUUAGAUGACUGGCUCAUUGCUGCAGCUAUGCUUCCAUCGACCACAUUCGCUGUUCUUGCCAUUCUCGCAGAGGAAGCUUUCCAAUUCAAUCGACAUGUGUGGGAUCUUCCGACGUCGCAGGUUACGUUUGGCUUGCAGUACGUCAUGAUUACACAAAUUGUCUUCACGCUUGCACAAACUCUCACGAAGUGCUCUAUGCUGGCUUUGAUAUAUCGCAUCUUGUCAAAUGGGAAACGUUUCAAGAUAUUUACUAUAGCAGCUACAGUUAUAAUCGCAGUCCAAGGCAUGAUAUAUAUCCUCGUUGUCAUUUUCCAAUGCCGUCGUCCCAUCCCAAAAAUUCUUAAACUAAAAAUUUCUCGACGCCAACGUCUCGUCGUCAUCUUGCUGUUCGCCGCCGGAUUUCUGGUGUGUGUUGCUGGAGCCAUCGGUGCCUCAAUUCCCGCCACUAAACCGUUCUUCAAACGCUAUAUACCCUUCCUCCUCAAUCCCUCUCUCAGCUCCAGUCGCAAUAAUCAUUACAUCAUCUCCUCUGCCGACAAGGGGCCUUUCUCAGGAUCCAAUACCAAUACCAACGUCACACCUCGAACCUCACGCACAUCACGAACAUUAUCACAAGUUGAUGUUGAAAUGGGUGAGAUUCACAAUCGAGAAAUGAGAACGAAGAGAAGUUCGAGGAAUCUGGAUGCCAUUGAAGAGGUUGGGGGAAGCGAUACUAGUAUUUCGAGUUUUGUGAAUAUAGGAGGUGAGGGUGAAAGAGAGAGAAAGAGCGAUGACUCUGAAGGGGAAGUCAUGGGUAUGGGGAUGAGAGAUGGCGCUGUGAGUCCAAGGAGUGGGGAUACGUUUGAUUAUAGGAGGACUUCUAAGGAUGAAUUGAUUGAUGAGGUGGAUGUAGGUGUGGCAAUACCUUACAAGGCUCAUCUUCCGCGAUUUUCUAGGUGA